CGCCCCGUCAGCCGCAGCCGCAGCCGCAGCCUCGGCCCGUGCACAAUGUGCUCGCUGCCCCGCGGCUUCGAGCCCCGAGCUCCCGAGGACUUGGGGCAGCGGAGUUUGGCGGAGCUGCGGGAGAUGUGGAGGCGCCAGGAGAGACUUUUGCGCAACGAAAAAUUCAUUUGCAAAUUGCCCGACAAAGGUAAGAAGAUUGCAGAUACUGUUGCCAAGCUGAAAGCUGCCAUUGCGGAACGUGAAGAGCUUAGAGGAAGAAGUGAACUGUUUGACCCCGUUAGUUUAGACUGUAAGCUAAGGCACAAAGCCAUUGCAAGAGUUGAUGUGGACAUAGAGAAAGCCCAGAAUUCUGACCAGAUAUUUGAUACUUCAUCAUUAGUUCCUGGCUGCUCCUCUGUAGACAACAUCACAUCAUCUAAGACAACCUCAGAAACACAGGGACUUGCACAGCCUGCUCAUACAGGCAGCGCAGAGGCUGUGGAGGCUGAGCACACAGUGAACACGUGCCCAGCUUCUGAAAGAACAGCCAGGGAGCCUUCCUCAUCUGCAGCUAGCCAACGUCUCUCCCAGCAUUGUACUUCAAGUCAAGCAGAAGACUCUGCCCACAGCUUUGACAGCCUGUUUAUUGAUAAGUUACAAAGGAUCACACUUUCAGAUCAAAGUGAACACCACUCAGAAGAAAACACGAGUGCUGAGAACUUGAAGGGCCAUUUUCCAGGGACUCCUAAGAAGCCUCAUUUCAUGGAAGUGAUAGAGACGCGAGCCAGAAACCCAGUGCCCCCAACACACAAGUUUAAAACCAAUGUGUUACCCGCGCCGCCCAAGGACUCACCAGGUCAGCCUCCGCGGGGCCUGGCUCCCGUCUCCGAGGAGCGGCGGCGCCGCGAGCGGCAGCACCUCGAUGACGUCACGGCCGCGCGCCUGCGGCCGCUGCACCACCAGCCCGCGCGCCUGCUCGCCUUGGAGGAGUCGCUGGCGCUGCAGAGGCGGCAGCAGCGGAACUACGAGGAGAUUCAGGCCAAGCUCGCGGCACAGAAACUAGCGGAGAGACUGGAUUUUAAGAUGCAGAGCUACAACCCCGAAGGGGGGUCGUCGGGGCAGUACCGAGAAGUGAGGGAUGAGGACGACGCCGAGUCCUCGGAGGAGUUCUAGGAGGGGCUGCGUUCUUCUAGUCUCUGAGCCACGUGGUCAUUCCUUCCACGGAACCGCUAACAAGUAUCGAGAUCGCUGUGGGACGCUGCGGAGGGAAAGCAGGCUACCUUACACAGGUCGCUCCAAAGUGAAGCCCAGUCUUGUUUUUCAGGAGACGAUCUUCAUUGUGCUUGACAAGUUUAGUAUUUGAAUAUUGUGCUUGCCCGUAUUGUAUUAAAGUUUUCCACUAUGUAGUGCAUUGGUCUGAUAUCUUAGUGUGUAAUGGAGCACACUUGUGUUUCUGUUUCGGGUAAUUUGGCUUCUUUAUCAGCACUGAUUACAUCUGGUUAGUGAUAGCUUAGUUGAGGGUCCUGUGCAUGGGGUUUCUGAGGUGUGGGGUGGGAAGACCCCGGAGCGCCUCAGAGUAUUUGCUUCUGCUCCGUGUUUCUGCGAGAAGACACGUCUCGUGAGGAGUAAGGACAGUUGAAGGUGCCUGUGGCUGGAGUGUCUUUCUGGAGUAGCAUCCAAGCUGACCUGAGUUGGGGGCAGCUGUUGUUGGGUUCACCUGACUUGAGUUCAUUGCUGUCAUGAGUGGUUGGUUCACACACAGCAGUCAUGCUUGGUAAGGAAACCAACUUCUGCAAGUUACAAUUGAAUUGUCAAUAUAUUGCCUUUUUUUCCCACCAAAAGAAGCGUUUAUAGACUGUAGAAACUCCCAUCUCAUUUGUACAUGUUCAUGUCAUGUAAAAUGAUUAUAUGGUUAUAUCCAGAGAAGUUAACACGUUAUCAAAAAAUUCUUUGUCUAAUAUGUGGUAUCUUUAAAAGUAUUGAAAGGAGAAAUAAAAUAACAGUCCCCUGAAA